UAGCGGCCAUCGCCAUCGAGCUCCAAGAAUCACGAGCUGGUCGUUCAUGGCGGAGGCGGAGAGGGACGCGCUGGUGAAGAGAUUCAGGGACCUGGAGGUGAGCCAGGCUAGGAUUAGGGAGCAGCUGAGCGUUCUUCUUAGAGAGAGAGGAGGAGGAGGAGGGGAAGCGAGGAGGAGUGUGAUGGCGAGAGGGAGAGAUGAGGAGAGGUCUUUGAUACGUGGAUUCUUUGCCGGCGAGCCAUAUGGCAGGGUUUUGCAACAAAUGGGACAUGCUCUCCAUGUCUACCGCCCCGAUACUGGCGAGAUCAUCUAUUGGAAUCGACCUGCAGAAAACAUCUUUGGAUGGAAGGAAUAUGAAGCAAUUGGGAGCUGUGUAACUGAUCUUGUCAUCGAUGAGCAAAGCCAUGCAUUUUUUGAAAAGCUCAUCGAUAGAAUCAACAAGGGUCACUCAUGGUCGGGUCAGUUCCCUUUAAAGAAGAAAUCUGGAGAGAUCUUUAUGGCAUUGGUAACGAUGAGCCCACUAUAUGAGGAUGGCAAUUUCGUUGGUGUUAUCACUGUUUCAAGUGAUACAGUAAUGUUUAAUGAUAUGACCUCAGAUAGAGCAAGAGCUUUUAAAGAGCAAGAAAAUGUCCAACUCAGAGAAGGCAAUGAAAAUUUUGUUGGAGGUCAAUGGCCUUCACAAACACAAACUAUGUCGUCUGUACCUAAUCGGGCUUCAAAAAUGGUGUCCCCUAGUCCUGGAAUUACUGACAAUGAGGGAGGAAAUUUCUGGGAAAGGCAUGAUGUCACAACGGAGAAGAGAAAUCCGCAGCCCAAGGAAAAUGAAAUACCUGCAUCAAAGACAAUCUUCAAUUUCCAAGCAGGGAGGAGGGUCCUAGAGGAGAAGGCUACUAAAUUGGAGGAAACCUUAUCAAAAUUAAAUCAACGCUCUAACGUGGCUGCCAAGGUUUUUUCUAAGUUUCAAAUUCGGGGAAGCCCCAGCCGUGGAGAAGCAGAGAGAAACACUCAAACUAAUUCAGCAAAGUUUUUGGCGCGCAAUUUGAUAAAAAAGAUAAUAGACACUUCAGAACCAAAUUUAACGGAGAACUCUUCUUCUAAUGGUGACAGUGGUACCAUGUCAAAGGAGGGCAUAUGCAACCUGGAUCAGCCAUGUGUUGAGAAUCAAAAGGAAACACAAGCUGAUUCAUUCAUAUCUUCAUCCCCUGGUUCCUCAGAUAGAAAAAUUCAGAGCCGGGUCCACAGUUCUUCUAACAGAACUGUUAAAAGUUCCGGUAGAAGUUAUUUUUCCGAGAGUGGGAAUGCAUUUUCCGACGGAGAAAACAACAGUGGUAACUGCCACAUGGCAAACCCUGUUGGCAAUGAAAGCCUAGACAGUUGCUGGCUAGACUACAACAAACAGUCCAAAAUUGACAUACCUCGUUUGUCCUUGCCUUUAUUACAUGAGCAAAAUGGAAAUAUGGACGGGGUACAUCAUGAACAAAGAAACUCCAAUGAAAUCUCAUCAGAAAGAAGUACACUGCUAACGAAAAAUACAGUGUAUAAAGAAGUGGAGGACUUGCAUUCCCCAGAAUCAACAUCCUCAGAAGAUACCAUGAUCAGCAGCCAAGCAGUUUCAUCAACAGUAGGAGAAAAGGGUGCCGAUGCAUUUUCAGAUUGUGAGAUUUGUUGGGAUGAUCUCCUUCUGGGAGAGGAAAUUGGUGAAGGUUCUUAUGCUGUUGUUUAUCGAGGGAUUUGGAAUGGUUCGGAUGUCGCUAUAAAAGUAUAUCUUGGGAAGGAUUAUCGCGAGGAACUUUUAUUGGAAUACAAAAAAGAGAUUGCCAUAAUGAAAAGAUUGAGGCACCCAAAUGUUCUGUUGUUCAUGGGAGCUGUGUACUCACCAGAUAAACUAGCCAUUGUCACGGAAUUGUUAGCAAGAGGAAGUCUAUUCAGAGCACUGCACAAGAACACUCAAACUUUGGAUUUUCGGAGGCGCUUGAGGAUGGCACUUGAUGUUGCUAGAGGUAUGAAUUACUUGCAUUGCAGAAAACCACCGAUAAUACAUAGAGAUCUAAAAUCUUCAAAUCUACUGGUGGACAAGAACUGGACUGUUAAGGUUGGAGAUUUUGGCCUAUCUUGCCUGAAGGAAUCAACUGUUUUGACAGCAAAAUCCGGAAGAGGAACGCCACAGUGGAUGGCACCAGAGGUUCUUCGGGGUGAAUUCUCCAAUGAAAAGUCAGACGUGUACAGCUUUGGUGUCAUACUAUGGGAGCUAAUGACAGAGUCCAUCCCAUGGGCCCAUCUCAUCCCUCUUCAGGUGGUUGGUGUUGUGGGAUUUAUGGACCAGCGCCUGGAGUUACCAGAAGGGAUAGACCCAAACGUGUCAGCCAUUAUUUGUGACUGCUGGCAAAGUGAUCCAGCACGUCGUCCGUCUUUCCAUGAAUUGGUAGGCCGGCUGGGGGAACUGCUUGGCUUGUUGAGGCCACCUCUGCCCCCUGGAGGCGGCCGGAGUUCCAGACAGUGAACACCUUCUGCUUAUACUUCUCUGGAGUAUAUAACUUGCUUUCUAUCCUUUCAUGUUUUUUACUGCAUGUAUAGAUUUAACUCAUAGCAAAGAGAAUUUUGAGGCAUUUGAAGUCCUGCUUUUGUUCAAGUUCAAGAAUUUAAGGGCAUAUGAGAUAAUCAAAUCAACACUCAACAACAUUAUCAACAAGGGAAGAAAUUUUUCAAGGGAAAUUUGUUCCCACUGCUAUUGAACCACAUCAAUAUCAUUUCAGACGAUAAUUUAGUGUAUUGUUGAUCUUUUUGUACACCACCAGGGAUACUCAAGUUCUUUAUCUUUGAAUUGUGAAAUAGGGUUGUUUACCAGUUAUUGGGUUGGGAAGUAGAUGUGAAGUUUUUCUUAAGGCUCAGUAGUAUAUAUUUUGUCUGAACUAUUUUUCUUUUUUUUUUUAAUUUAAAUAUAUAUAUAGAGACAUGAAAUAUAAAUGAUAAGUCAUGCAUGAAAAUACUUGUGUGUGAUGAGAUGUUGAAAUGUCUUCUUGACAUGCUUAAAGUGUGAAAAGACUUUGCAAGCCUUCUUUUCAACGGCAGGCUUCUUGUUUGGGAACUCAAAUCAUUCGGGUGCUAGAUAGGCCAUUAGACGGGGGGUGGCGUGGGGGGUUUAGAGUUGGUGUGUUUAAUAUUCCUUGAGAUGGUUCAGUAUUGUUUUGAAGAUUUUCGCUGACAGAUUUCAUGUUUUUGUUGAUAUGAUUUUAUAGAGCAUGCUUCAAUGUUCUUCAAGAUAAUUUAUGUUAAAAA